AUGGCACCAAAGGGUGGUAGUGGAUCCAACGGCAAACAACAACAACAGGGAGGAGGAGGAGGAAAAAAGGGUAAAAAGAACAACAACGACGAUGACGAUUUUGAUGCCUUGCUUGCCAAUGCGGUAAGAGAAACACAAGAGGCGAAGAAUAAACAACAGAAGAACAACAAGAAUAAUAAGGGAGAUCAACAACAACAACAACACGCACACAAAGGAGAUGGAUCAAAGAAUAAUCAUUCAGGAACAGAAGAAGAGAAUAACAAACCUAAAGUCAUCAGUACUGCAGAUCAUCCAGAGAAUCCAUAUCCACAAGUGGCGGAAGGGAUGAAAAGGCAAACAUGGCCGGAACCAACAGUUCCUGUGUGUGAACAAUUCGCAUAUGGAAACUAUCCUGCAGGUGAGAUUCACGAACACCCGGGUGAAAUAAAUGCCUUUCGCUACAGUAGUGAAGAGAAACGGGCACUGGAGCGAGUAACAGAAGAACAGGUACAAGAUUUACGGCAUGCCGCAGAAGUACACCGACAAGUACGACGAUAUGCAAAUAGUUUUAUUAAACCUGGUAUUUCUCUUAUUUCCAUGACCAAUCGUAUUGAACGUAAAUUGGAGGAACUUAUUGUAAAAGAUGGUCUUGUACGUGGUCAGGCAUUUCCAACAGGUUGUUCGCUCAAUCACGUGGCGGCUCAUUAUACACCCAAUACAGGUGAUAAUACCGUAUUAACGUAUGAUGAUGUGAUGAAGGUAGACUUUGGUACUCAAAUUCAUGGCAGAAUUAUUGACUCUGCAUGGACUGUAGCCUUUAAUGAAGAGUAUAAUCCACUCUUAAAUGCGGUAAAAGAGGCAACCUAUGAAGGUGUAAAACAAGCUGGUAUUGAUGUACGUUUAUGUGAUGUGGGUGCGGCUAUUCAAGAGGUGAUGGAAUCACAUGAAGUGGAGAUUAAAGGUAAAGUAUAUCCUGUAAAGAGUAUUCGUAAUCUUUCUGGUCAUAAUAUCGGAUCCUAUAUUAUUCACAGUGGAAAAUCUGUUCCUAUUGUACGUGGAGGAGAAGCUGUGAAGAUGGAAGAAGGGGAAUUAUUCGCUAUUGAGACUUUUGGUUCUACUGGCCGUGGUCUGGUUCAGGAGGAUAUGGAGUGUUCACAUUAUAUGAUGGCACCAGGGGCUGAAAACAUUCAAGUACGAUCCGAUAAAGCCCAACAAUUAUUACGGCAUAUUCAUAAAACGUAUGGAACCCUCGCAUUUGCACGGAAAUGGUUGGAUCGUGAUGGAUUUGAUAGACAUUUAUUAAAUUUAAAUCAAUUGGUGGAGGCAGGGGCUGUGAAUAAAUAUCCACCAUUGUGUGAUGUGAAGGGAUGCUACACCGCCCAGUUUGAACACACCAUUCUGCUGAAGCCAACCGCAAAGGAGAUUCUCUCCAAGGGAGAUGACUAUUAA